AUGACACGGUCGCUAGACGAUAUCAACCUGGAUAAUCAAACCCUAGAUCAUCUCUUCGAGUUCGAUUUGACUACCUUUGGCUCCGUUUAUCCCCAACCGUUCCGUGCUCGUCGAUCACCCACUGUGGCAGAUACAUCCACGGCUCGUGCAUACCAACCUAGAUACAAUCCGUACGAGGAAUUGUUGACACCGAUUGGUGGACAUUUCGUGCCUACAGCUCCGCCGACUCAUCGCCGUCCGAAUCAGAACAUACAGUAUCAUACUGUCAGCGAUAAUGACCCUCGGGCCCUAGCUAUACCUUUUCACGGCUCUGCGGAAUAUUUCAGUCGUACCGCCCCUCUCGUGGCUUCUCCAUUGCAAUAUCCCCAACCAAACCAGAACACCGCGCAGUACUUUACUGUCAACAGCAACGAUCCCCAGGCCCCGGCUACGGCGUUUGAUAGCCCCCGGGAUAGCAGCGCUUGUACCGCGUCUCCCGUGCCUUCUCCUCUUGGGCAGGUACAACCUCAGCAGGGGCCUUCCCGCUCAGAAGUCAUUGCUCUAGGAGCCUUAAGCAAUGGUUCUACCAACGACAAAGCGCCCCGUAGCCCUAACCACGGACAUGAGCAAGCUAACUCGAACAACGAUAUUCGAUGCGACUGGCCGGGCUGCUCGUACCAUGGUACCUUCACGAAGAAGGGAUCGUUGAAGCGCCAUCGCGAUGAACAGCAUACUUCCCCACGCUCAUUCCCUUGCCCAUUAUGUGAAAAUGCAUAUUCCCGAAAGUCUCAUCUGAACGAUCACCAGCUGAAGGCCCACGGAAUACGAGUUUACGUUCAAUGA